AUGCCCGACAAAAAACUCCACCUCACAGCCUUCAUGCGCCCCGUCACCCUCCACACCGGAGGCUGGCGGUACCCCGGCGCCGCCCCCGACGCCAACUUCAACCUCUCCCAUCUCAAAUCCUUCAUCACCAAACUCGAAGCCGCCAAAUUCGACGCCUUCUUCAUGGCCGACCAUCUCGCCGUGCUGAACAUGCCCGUUGAAGCGCUCAAACGCAGCCACACAGUUACAUCGUUUGAGCCGUUCACGCUACUCUCCGCCUUGUCGGUGGUGACGGAGAAGAUCGGGCUAGCGGCAACUGCGUCGACGACGUACGAGCAGCCCUAUCAUAUUGCGAGACGGUUCGCGUCGCUGGAUCAUUUGAGUAGCGGCCGUGCGGCGUGGAAUAUUGUCACCACGGGGAAUCCGGAGUCCGCGAAGAACUUUAAUCUCGAUGAGCAUGUUGAGCAUGCGGAGCGGUAUAAGCGUGCGCGGGAGUUUUAUGAUGUUGUGACUGGGCUCUGGGAUAGUUUUGCGGAUGAUGCGUUUAUCCGCGACCAGGAGAGUGGUGUUUUCUUUGAUCCGGAGAAGUUGCAUGUCCUCAACCACCGCGGGGAGGAGUUGAAGGUAAGAGGGCCGUUGAAUAUCGCGCGACCAGUCCAGGGAUGGCCGGUGAUCGUGCAGGCUGGACAGUCGGAGCCAGGACGACAGCUUGCGGCGGAGACUGCUGAGGCGGUGUUUUGCUCGCCGCGGGAUAUUGAGUCCGCGAAGGCGUUGUAUGCGGAUAUCAAGGGGAGGGUGGUGGCUGCUGGGCGGGAAAAGAGUCAUUUGAAGAUUCUGCCUGCAGCGUUUAUUGUGAUUGGGGAUACGGUGGAGGAGGCGAGGGAGAAGCGGUUGAAGCUGGAUAGUCUCGUGCAUUAUGAUAGUGCCAUUGCGUCGUUGUCUGUCGUGCUGGGCGCGGAUGCGUCUGGGUUUGACCCUGAUGGACCUCUUCCGAGUGAACUGCCAGAAACGAAUGCCAGCAAGACAGGCAGAGAGGGUGUGCUGCAACUUGCAAGGGAUGAAGGGCUUACUGUGCGGCAGCUUGCGCAGCGAUAUGGAGGGUUUUCCGGGCUGGCGUUUGUGGGCACGCCACAGACGAUCGCGGAUGAGUUGCAGACGUGGUUGGACGAAGAGGCCGCAGAUGGAUUCACGGUUGUCUUCCCAUUCCUGCCUCAGGGACUGGACGAUGUGACGCAGAGGCUGGUUCCUGAGUUACAGCGACGAGGCAUCUUCCGGGAUGAUUACGAGGGGUCGACGUUGAGAGAGCACCUGGGACUUCCCAGACCGAAGAAUCAGUUCUUUGAAUAG